AUGAAAAACAUUCUUUUCCGAAGCAUCCUCUUUUGUGCAGGUCUGACGACCACACUCUGUCAUCCUCGCGGGGCAAAAUCACCAAGUCUUGCUCCACGAAACCAGCAGUACUGUCCAAACCCAUCUGUAAGAGUUUCAUGGUAUACCUUCACUCCACAAGAAAAGACUGCUAUGCAAGACGCGAUCAUGUGUUUGAUGAAUGCCCCCAGCAAGAUGAAGUAUCCUGGCGCUGUAACGCGGUACGAUGAUCUGGUCGCUAUUCAUCAACUCCAAAGUGAUUAUCCCAACGGAAAUGACAAAUUGCAUGUCACUGCCAGAUUUCUCUAUUGGCAUCGCCUUUAUCUCCUUCUCUUCGAACUCCUUCUGCGGGUUGAGUGCGGCUACACUGGGAAGAUGGCAUACUGGGAUGAGAAAGUUGAUGCUGGGAACUUUAGAAAUUCUGUCGCGGUCAAAGAUUUUGGUGGCCCGGGGAACGAGAAUGGUUACGUGGUGGACGGGCGAUUUGGUUACACCAUCGUAAACAUGGGUCCAAGAUCGCAAAGCGUACGGCGUUAUUUGACUCGCCAGAUCAAUGAAACUGCUUCAGCUUUUGCUUCGCAAGAGCACUACGAUCUGUUGAUGAGUCAGCAAGACUCGGCUGGAUUUAUGAAAAUCAUGCGUUUAUUUUUACACAUGACUGCUCAUGGGGGUCUCAAAGGAUGCAUGGGCGACGUUCAGAGUUCUCCAGUAGAUCCUAUCUUUCACUUGCACCACAUGUAUGUCGACUAUCUAUGGUUCAAAUGGCAAAAUGUGGACCCUGCCCGACGAACCUUUGACCUACGCGAAGCUGGUUACGAAUCGCAGCGACCACCAUUCACUGACGUCCCUAUGUACGCUGCUGCCGACACGCAGGGAGGGUUUCUAUGUUAUAUAUACGAGUAA